AUGUGUGAGCAGGCAGCGCGCUACUGUCGGGACGGAGUCCACAAACUGCUGAACAAAGAACAAGCCAAACUUCGAGCCCAGGAAACCCGCGAGCAGCCGAACCCCGUAGCCGGUCAGGACAGCGAGCCCGCGACGGCAGCGCAGCCCGGAAACAGCGGCGCCCAGCCCGGUGGAAUCGACGGGCUCGUCCGCUGGAUCGUCACCAAAAUGAGCGACAACAAGAACAUCUCCAGCCGGGAGUACGCCUCCAGCAAGGAGGAGGCAGCCGUGGCGCAGGAGCAGUUCUUCGCCCCGGAGCCGCGGAGAGGCAUCUCGGUGAUUUUGGAUAUAUUCAGAAGAGCCGACAAAGACGAUGAUGGUAAACUGUCUCUGGACGAGUUCCAGGCGUUCUUCUCUGACGGGACGCUGAACGAGGAGGAGCUGGAGAAGCUGUUCCACACCAUCGACUCUGAUAACACCAGUAAUGUUGACACUAAGGAACUCUGUGACUACUUUGCUAAACACAUGGGCGACUAUGAGGGAGUUCUGGCCUCGUUGGAAACACUCAAUCUUUCCAUCCUUAAAGCCAUGGACUUCACCAAGAAGGUUUACGAAAGAGGAAGCAACGUGGAGCAGUUUGUGACACGCUUCCUCCUGAAGGAAUCGGCCAAUCAGAUCCAGUCUCUGCUGAGCUCUGUGGAAAGUGCUGUGGACGCCAUUGACGAACAGCACAGCCAAUCAGGUCAUCUACCUGCCAAGGUGAGCCCACGAAUUUCCGAGAAGCGCAAUGACAACACUGUCCCUGACUACCCUCCUAACAACAGAGUGAGCACCGCCAGGGAGGUUGUCAGGACCCUCAACACUGCUUCAGGUGCAGUGGAGGUGAGGAAAGAAGGUCUGGAGUCUCAGAUCAACCGCCUGGCUGAACUAAUCGGUCGACUGGAGAAUAAGACGGUCUGGUUGGAUCUGCACCAGAGGCUAACAGAGACAGAUGGCACACCCAGCGCCUCCUUGUUGCUGGUUCGUCAGGAGAUGGUGGUUUCCCAGAAGAAGCUGGGCGAGUUCUGCGAGGCCCUGAAGCAGUACCUGAAGAACGUGUCCGCUCAGAGAGACUGUUUUCAUGUGACCGCCGUGCGUCUGCCGGACGGUUUAUCCUUUGUCGUCUACGAGUUCUGGGACGGAGAGGAGGAGUGGAAGAGACACCUCCAGUCUGCCCCCAACAAAGCCUUUCAGCACGUGAAGGUGGACACACUGUGCCAGCCGGAGACCGUGUCCUCUGUAGCACUGCCAGCCGCCUGGUGCAGCAUGACCAGGGACUGAGCAUGAAGAUCUGCCGCCACACGCCAGGACUCCUCCCUCUCCGACCCGCCCUCCGUCCCCGGAAAACCUUCUCCCCCUGCAUUUCCCCCACUCUCACGCCCUCUCCUCUCUCCACCCUCACAUUCCUCAACUCUUUUUGUAAGUACAUGUUUACACAGUGCAAAUCGAUGGCGUCAACAACAGUGGAAAUUGAACAAACAGUGCAUUGGACAAUGUGAGAUUUUAAAAAAUGAAAAAAAGCUUAAAAAGGUGUUUGUAUCUCACCAUGGUGGUUUUGCUGGUUGGAGAUUUUUUGGGAUUAUGUUUCCAGUAGCUUUGAGCCUGGUGGAGUUCGUCUUGUAGCAGGAACCCCGGCGUUGAGUUUUUCAUGUAGCAGUAACCGUCAAUGGGUCGAGUGUUGUGUCAUUUGAUUUCACAAAGGUUGAAUUCACCAUAUAAAAAAAACUCCUCUUCUGAACGUAGCCGUCAUUUCUUAGUAGCUGCUCUUUCCACAUCUGUUCUCAUUGUUCUAAUAAUUCCAAUGGUUUUGUAAAUGAACAAAUGGAUUGGACGUUUUUCUCACAUCAGCCGUUCUGAAAUCCACAAUCUGGAGUAAUUGCUGUAUUGUUAUUGGUAAUUGAGUAAUUAGCUUGAAAUCGCAAGAGCUUGAAUUUAGCUCGAAGGUUAACUAGCUCGAUGCUUCUGUGAAUAUAGCCUCGUUGUUUAUAUUUUUUGACCCAACCGGAUUUUGUAGGCAGUCCGAAUCUCUAACAGUUUAUUCCAAGAUGCUCCUAGAGUCCAAUGUUCCUCAGGUCAGGAUCAGGGUCCUGUAUUAUCGAGGUCUGAAGGUUCUCAGGAUCUUUAUAUCUGUGGUUCCUGUGUUCCCAGGGUCUUAAAGCCGAUUCAAGGUUCACUGGAACAAAAGUCUGAGUCUAAAAGUUCCCUCUGAGAGUUUUUAAAGGUAAGAAUGACUCUGAAGAAGAUAUGGGAGACAAAUACAACACAUCUGAUGUUGUAGUGAAUGUAAUAAUUUAACUCUCUUCAUUCACAAAUAAGAGUGAGAUCCAUUUGUAAUGUGUGAUUAGCUCAUUUCUUCAGAAUGGCUGCUGUGAGAAUUGCAGUUGUGACAUAUAGAGAAACAUUAAGUUCUAUUUCUUCACGUAGCUUUUAUUCCAUCGGACACUUUGGGGUUUGGAUGAAUGAGAGAGAAGCAGCUCCUCACUGAUCUCCAUGAGGCUCAACAUGGUUUUACUCUCGCCUUCCGCCUGUGUAUUCCACGUCUGAAUUUGGCAGUGCGUAGCUAGUUAGCUGUGUGGGUCUAGUAGAGAUUGUACAUAAUGCAAACGUUGUUCUAUUAUGAUUCUACUUGUAUUGAUUGACAUGUUUGAGUGCACAGUUUUCUUCGAUGGGAGCUGACCAGCAGCUUUCUGCUGCUCAGCUCCUCUCAACAGUUUCUUUGAAUCAAACCAUCAGAAACAGAAACACCCCCCCAUCUGAACGACAUCGAAUUUAAAAGCCUUAAACAUCACCACAUGCUACAGGAGCUUUUUCAAAGGGUUUGGUCCCAGUAAGCAGGGAAAUGCCCAGUAGGGGUCUGUGGGUAUCGGCCUCUCUGCAGGUUAUGCAGCACCAGUCCUGAGAUGCAGUAACGCGUCGACCGUUUCACAGAAAGUGUUCGAUUCCUCUACGCCAGACUUAUGCAGUUAUCGACAUCUCGAAAUACGACUUCACACCACUGUACGUGCCGUAGCCGAUCCACCACCAUUAGCAUUUCUGACACACAAUAAAGACGUAUAUUUCCACUGUCGACCCCCAAAGUGCAAAAAAGUCAUGUAAAGGAAGGGUCCCACUUUAAGAGGAGGGGUCACAGGGGGUGCAGGUCUCAGCCGUCAGAAUCAGAUGCAUGAUGGGUCUGAUCUCCCAGCAAUCCGGCAGAACCAUCCACUGGAAAUCCAUCCGAGCAGAUUGAUCCCAGUAGACUGAGACCUCCACAGUAAAUGAGUCAUCAACCCCAUCACGUGUUGUUGAAUGGUCUGAACUCCAGUGCAUUAGAAACUGGGACAUAUGCAGAGAAACUGGAAUUUACUGUGAGUAUGAAUUUAAUAAAAACCGUCAAGGUUCAGUGAUUUUUCAUUUCAGUAGAUGUCAGAU